AUGACAUUAUCAAAUGCGAACACACAAGUAAUUAUUGAUUUGAAUAAAAUAUUAAAUUCCAAUGAUGCAACUGAAAUCAAACGAAUGCAACAAGAAUUUGAAUCCAAUGGUUGGUGUUUCAUCAUCUUACCAUCAGAACUUAUUCCAACAUCUGUCUUGACACACGAGCUUUCGGAAUUUUUCCAGCAGGCUGAUGGAACCAAGCGUAGAUAUACACAACGCGUACCAAUCUAUGGUUAUUCAAAAGUGGAUCAUAAAGAAGGAAUUAAAUUAUUGACUGGUAGUUAUUAUGGUAAAUUUGCAAAUAAAAGUUUGAUACCGAGACAACUUGUUCAUCCAUUAAACUAUCUUUCUCAAGCAUUUGAUGUUGUCACAAAACGACUUAUUGAAAUUCUUGAUCAACAUUGUGUUUUUCAAUCACAACCAUCCUUAUCAACGUUGAUCGAAGAGGCGAACUUACCACCGAAAGAUGAACAUUUCGGUAUGCUCGAUAUCGUCUCUUAUUUCAACGAUAAAAAUGGUUUUCAACCACCAAUAAAUGGGCAAUCAACUGAAGAAGUCAAUUGUGUUCCACACUACGAUCCUGGACUACUCUCAAUCAGUGUCAUGUCAACACAUGAAGGACUUCAACUGAAAGAUAUGACUACAAAUCAAUGGAUAGAUGGACCUUUACAGCCAAAUAUUGGUGUUAUCUGGUUGGGAGAAGCGGCUGCUCGAGUAACACAGAAUCGUUUGAAGCCAGGUAUUCAUCGAGUCAUCUAUCCUCAAAAAGCUGAACGUCGACUAACAGUUUGGUAUGAAGUGUGUACUAUUACACAAUUAAAAAAUCUAAGUGAUGAAAAACAAAACAAAAUUAUGGCUGAUGGAAGUGUAACAUUUGAUAAUCUUCCUGGAUCGGAUCCCAUCACUGUGCGAUCUGGUGAAACUAAACUCGAGUUUUUAAGACGGGUUGAAAUGGCACGUGGUUUGUCGAUGAGUAAAUCAGGUCCACCACGAUAUCAACUUGAAAAACAUGAUAUUUCAUAUUCAACCAAUGAUUCGAAAGCUGAAUAA